AUUUGGCGGCCCUUGCUGGUGAGUGGCCUCUCUGAGCAUUUGCCGAAUUCGCCAGGCAUCCAAUUUACCGCGCGGGUUACCGACAAGCGAUCAGAGUCAAAGCGAUGAGCCACGCCAUUAAGAAAACGAAUCAGGACGUGAUGCCCAUGCCUGAUAUGGAACAUUGGACAUCGGGCCACACGUGGCUCUGCGUGGCCACAAACCAGCCGUGUAUAUAUGUGGGCGCGCACGAGCUCUCUUGUAUCGGAACAGUCACACACUGGGCCAUGGAACGCAUCGAACCCGUGGACUUUGUCGUCAACACCGAACUACCUGCCACCGUCGAGCCUCAACUCCAAUCGCGAUAUGCAUUGGCACGUAGAGAACUAUUUGCGGCCGUCGAUGCCCUACCGGCAGAUCAGGCGGAACAAUAUGUCCGGGAAUCAACACCACGUCCCCGCAUGUCCACCGAAGAAGAAUGGAGGGGGUGGUGCACAGAAUACUUGGACCCCGACGCUGUCCUAUCCUCGAGGGCCCCUUCUCAGGCGCCUUCAGAAUCCCUCGCUUCGAAUCUCAACGCACGGAUGUCGGCCCCUAGAUUCGAUCCCGUCGCAAGAGAACACUCACAACCUAAAAUGCCCGAAUUCAGGGCUCCUCCCGCCACGCCGAGCCGCAAGCCACGAUCGACGACGAUGACCCCUCAGUCCUCGCCGUCAAAACGGAAGAGUAUGCGUCUUCAGCGCAGGGAAGACGAGAGUACACAAGCGGAAAAGAAGGCUAACCGAGCUGACCGCGCUGCGAAAGCUCAAGCUGCGAUGAAGGCAAGGCUCGAGGCUGAGUACGCUAUCCGAUCUGGGAAAGGGGGUCUGGCUCGGAGUCCCAGCAAGUGUGUUGGAACGUCGAAACCUGCCGCCUUGACAGGCUGAUGUGGCAUGCACCUUGCUGACGGCGCCGCCGAUUGACCGCGGCUGUUUAGCUUUCAUAAACGUAUGCGAUAUUAUGCCAGCCUAUGCCUCCUGUAGCCUUUAUGUUAGUCAUCUAUGAAUAUAUC